AUGUCCCAGCCACGUUAUGACUCCAUCUGCCCAGACCAGACUGGCAGAGGCUCCAAUCCAAAUGGCUUAGGCCAUCCUCGAUUCAUGAUGCGAAAGGCUACUUCAUUCAUGACCCUUGGGCUCGCGUCCUUAUCAAUUGUCACAGCGCAGGAUGCCUCAGCUUUGCCGACUGUGUUGACAACUGAGAUCAUCGACAGAUUGCGCAACAACUCGUUGUUCAACAGAUGGCGGCCAACAUACCAUUUCACCUCUCCCGCCGGCUGGUUGAAUGACCCAUGUGGUAUGAUGUAUGAUCCCACCGAAGACACAUACCAUCUACACUAUCAAUGGCAUCCAAAUCAUGUGUUCUGGGGUAACAUCACUUGGGGACACGCGACAUCCAAGGAUCUUGUUACAUGGACGGACGUAGGCGGAUGGGAGGGCGAUCAAGCCCAAUCUUUGGCGACCGGGCCGAACCCCACUUCUCGGAAUGAAAGUUACUAUGGACUUGGUAUCUUCAGUGGCUCGGCGCAGCCUUACAACAUCUCUGGGGAACAGGACGGUACCUUGAUUGCUUUCUACACCUCUGUGGGACAGUUACCUACCAACUGGGCACUUCCCUACAUUCCAGGUACUGAGACACAGAGCAUUGCCAUCUCCAACGAUGGCGGCAAGACAUGGGAACAGUAUGAGGACAACCCUAUCAUGGUAGAUCCUCCAGAGGGCUGGAAUAUCACUGGAUGGCGUGAUCCAUUUGUCGAGCCAUGGCCAGAAAUGGAUGCUCUCCUCGGCCAGUCUGAGCCCCAUUGGUACAUGGUACUCGGUUCUGGUAUCAAAGGCGAAGGAGGAGGUGGCCGUAUCCCCUUUUAUAGUGCUCCUCAAUCCAAUCUGACAGACUGGACCUUCCUCGGCUCUCUUUGGGAGCCUGAAAUGAAUGGGACCCUCGGCUCGCUGCUCGAGACGGGUACCUAUGGCUUCAACUUCGAAGUUUCGAAUUUCUUCUCUCUCACUGACGAGGAUAAUCAAGUGCAUUACUACACGCUCAUGGGCACCGAGGGUGGUAAUCUCACAUGGCACCCUCGCCCUCAAUGGGGUUUGUGGAACGAAGGUUACGUCACCAAGCGUGAAAACGGCUCAGCUGAGUUCAUGCCUAUCUCUGGUGGUGCCAUCGACUCUGGACUUUUGUACGCUGUGACCAGCUUCAACGAUACCAAGAACAAUCGCCGUGUCCAGUGGGGUUGGGCCAACGAGGAGCAUAACGGCUACUCUGCUCUUCAGCAAGGCUACCAGGGUGCUAUGGCCAUCCCGCGAGAGAUGUAUGUGAUCAAGACCAACGACCUGAUCAAUCCUGAUGGUGCCUUGACGAGCAAGGGUAACAACCGCGUCGUCGAAUAUGGCAACGGAACUUUGACCGCCUACACACUUGGUGCUCGUGCCUUACCCGAUGUUGUGAAGGGAUUACAUGACGGAGCUGAAGGCCAGGCUAUCAAUGUGACCCAAACCUGGACUACCACCUUGCCUGCUGGAAACGGGUCAAGCCACAUGCACUUGAAGGCCACGCUUUCCAACUUUACUGGACCUGCAGGUGUCACCAUUGCUCAAUCUCCAGGUCGUGAGGAGCAGACGGUUAUCUGGUACAGCCCUGAUAACUACACGAUCAACGUCGAUCGUUCGCGCUCUUCUUCUAUCGCGCAAUUUGCCAACUACACCAUGAUUGGCUACUUUUAUCCCUACACGUUCUCCAACGGUACUCAGGAGUCUCUGCACAUGGACAUCUUUGUCGACGGCUCGCUCGUUGAGAUCCUCGUCAACGACCGAUUCUGGCUGACCACCCGUAUCUACCCAGCACGUACUGACAGCACAGGUUUCGGUAUCUGGGUUGACCACAAUUCCACUGUACAGGUCGCAGACAUGUACAUGUGGGACAUCGUCACCAACGUUUUCCCCGAACGACCAGUUAAUUCGAGUAGCGAGCUCUUUUUCGACUCUGCGGAGGAGACCAACAACUACCUCUGGUGGCCUGGAAAUUAG